GUCAUCAUUAAUCGACCGCAUGAAGAAGCGGCUCGUGGGGAGUUUGCAGGAAUCUUCAGGCUGCUGAAUCAUUUUGAUAGCUGAUUUCAGGAUGGAGUCUCUGUUUGGAUCUGUAGGUCUUGGUAUACUGGCAGGUGUGGGCUGUGGGCUCUGCCUCGGUUGGUACCUUCGUGGGCGGUUCGGCACAUCCUCCCGCACUAUGAUGGCACCUUUAGGGAACAGCAGUGAGAGCAGCGUGAUGGGCGAGAGUGGCGAGUUCAAAAUGAUCUUGGUUGUCCGAACAGAUCUGAAGAUGGGCAAGGGAAAAGUGGCGGCCCAAUGCUCUCACGCUGCAGUGUCCGCCUACAAACAGGUCCAGCGCAGAAACCCAGAGCUGCUGAAACAGUGGGAGUACUGUGGGCAGCCAAAAGUGGUGGUGAAGGCCCCAGAUGAGGACUGUUUGCUGGAGCUGCUGACCCAUGCCAAAGCGCUUGGGCUGCCGGUCAGUUUGAUCCAAGAUGCUGGAAGAACCCAAAUCGCACCAGGGUCACGGACUGUUCUUGGUGUGGGACCCGGACCAGCAGAUCUCAUUGACAAAGUGACUGGACACCUAAAACUAUAUUAAAUGAUAGCGAAUAAGCAGCUAUUGGACUAAGAUGGGACUAAACUUGUCAUUUAGGUGGACAGUUUUGACCAAUCCUAGACAUUGUAGAUUUUAUACAAAGGAGAAAGAUACAAUGGAAUUAAAGGGUUAAAAUGA